GCUCAACUAGACUGAGGUCUGAGGGACUCAAAACAUGGCUGACUCAGUCACCUCAUAUUACGGCCACGGGGCUGUGCUUGUAUGAUAAUUUUGCUUUGUUUGUAUUUUUGUGUUUUAUGACAAUCUCAUAAUUCCUGGAGUUUCAUGAACUAUCAUCAUAACAUCCCCUUAGGUCCAUAUUUAUUUGGAAAAUCUGUACGCCUCUGUAACCCUGAUUUACUUCAAAACAGUGCCAUAUGGUGUCAUCUUUAACAGGCUGUGUGCACACAUACAGCUUAGGAGGAAAUAUUUAUUGUCUGAAUAUAAUAACUUCACAAAAAUUGGGGCUGUGUGGUCAACUUUUGUUUGGCUCUUUAUGCGUUGACCUUUUACAGACUUACAGUCAUGACAAACUGUUCAAUGAAUACAUCUGCUCGAACUGUUCUGCCAUAAUUUAUUUCAUUUUGAAAGUGUAUAUUUAUUUUGUGAAUGUAUCGUGGUGCUGCUGACUAAAUUCCAUAAUGCACUUUAGUUAUAUCCUGUACAUGUUCUUUUGUGGUUGAGUUUUAAAUUGAUGUUUCUUUUUGAUGGUCCUGCUUUCUCUUCCCACCUUAGAUCCCUCAUGGACUUGUAACUUAUUGGAUGCUUCAUCAAACCCACUCUCAUCAUCUUACAUUAUAGUUUAUUUUUAUAGAACAAGCCCGAGUCGGGGGCUGUCAGAUUCAUUUAAUGUUCUUCACUUGCACUGAGAGCAUACUGUACAUGUUUCCAGUUAAUCAAACAUUAAAAAUGUAGCCAUUAGAAACAUUUUUGAUUCAUGGUGUCUUUGUUCUCAAACAUGCCAAACUUACUUACUUCAAGUUUCUCAAAUAAGAGCAUUUGCUGCUCUUUUUUGUCUUAUAUGAUAUUAAAUUGAAUAUCUUUGGAUUUUGGACUGUGGGUCAGACAAAACAGAACAUUUGAAGACAUCACCACAGGCUUUAGAAAACUGUGGUGGCCUUUUUAAAACUUUUUUCCUGACAUUUUUUAGACCAAACAAUCAAUCAAUUGAAAUAAAAACGAAAAAAUAAUUGUUUGUUGGAGCCCUAAUGACAAGUCCGAAACUUGUCACUGUCCCAUGAGAGCAUACAUGUGUAUUUCAAGUGUUGGUGGUUUCAGGUGGAGCUAAAUGGGACCCCUCAGCCCUCCUUGAUCCAAAACAGGUAUGUUGGUAACACACUGAAUGCUGGUUUUAUUUCUUGCAUCACAACAGAGUGAUUACAAAUGAGAUUAUUCUGCAACAUAAUCAGAUACCUAUUUUAUCUAUAUGGAGUAGACUAUAGGGCUGCAACUAACUAUUGUUUUCAUCAUCAAUUACUUUCACGAUUAGGCGAUUAAUUGUUAGUCAAUAAAAUGCCAGAGAUUGGUGAAAAAUUUCCAACAGCCCAAAGUCACAUCUUCAAAUUUACUUGUUUUGUAGUUCUGUCAUACAAGACAAAGAAAAUCACCAAAUUCUCACAUUUGAAAAGCUGGAAACAGGAAAAUGUUUGGUUGAAAAUGGAUUCAAUCAGUCAAUCGAUUAUACAAAUUGUUGACAAUUAAUUUUCUGUCGAUCGACUAAUCGAUUAAUCAACUACUUCUACAAAGUCUUUGAAUCUCUUUUUGUUUCAGGGCUGUUUAUUUGUACAGUAUUUAAUUGCGACCUUUGACCUUGCUGUAUCUGUGGAGGAUGGCUUUUCUGCUUAAUUAAGUGUAAUAUUUGGGUCUAAACAAGUUUGGUAUGGAUUUGGAAAAACAAAAAACAUCAAUGUUUUUGUUGACUUUUCAGCACGGACAGACACAUAGUGAAGCUGUUAAUGUCCCACUUGAGAACAUGUGGCAUUUUUAACAGCCGCUGACUGAACGGCACAAACACUGGUAAUGGAGGGGAUAGCAAAUGCAUCAGCGUCAGCUAUAUCCUGUGCUAAGAGCAGCAGUGUACACUGUAGGCCAUUAGCUGACACAGAGUCAUAAAUGCUGUGGAAAGCCUGAUAAAGCCGUCGUCAGGAGCCUGCAGCUCACACAGAAGAAAUCAAUCAAACAAUGGAGAGAGACAUUAAUAUCUCCAGAGAAGGGGAGGAACAGAGAACGUAAUCAAUGGACUGGUCUUUUGAAAAGUGUACAGUAGUUAAGGUGCUGAUUUUUAAACAGAACUCACACAGUAUGAACAGUGGGGGCUAAAAUCAUUAUAUUGUGAUUAAUUGAUUACUUGUUUGGCGGAGUAAAGAGCCAAAAAUACACGUCAGUUUUCAAGAUCUCUUCAUGUCUUGUUUUGUCCGACCAACAGUCCAAAACCCAAAGAAAUUAAAUUUACUGCAAUGUUAGACGAUGAAAGCCACUUAUCCAAUUUUAUAGGCUGGGACCAUGAUUAAUUGUUUGAUUCAUUAAUUAUCAAAAUAGUUUGUUAUCUGUUUAUCAACUAAUUGAUUAAUCAACUAAUGGUUGGAGCUGUAAAAGGUCAGGAAAGGUCAGUACAAGCUUUUAAAAACAGCAAUGAAGCUUUAGCCCAUUAGUUAUUUCGAUUUAUUCAAAUCGCUAAUAUAGAAAACACACAGAUCACAUCAGAAAGUUCAAGAAUUGUUGAAGUCAGGUGCUGCUGUUACUAAAAAUGGAAGUAACCAAAAAAUAAACAAAAAAUACACACAUCCUAUAAAAAUAAUAAUAAUAACAAAACAAGCAGUGGAUCACUGUUCUCUCAGCAGCUGGUCUGAGGCCGUUUCUCUUUAAACCUAGUCAUCCAGAAUCAAUUUGACCCAGGUGAUGUUUGCUUUUCUUCCGUCCACAUUCAGCAAUCACACUUUGUAAUGAGUCCUGAGAGGCUGCCAUCUCUCCCGUCUUCAGUCCAGUUUAAUAGGAUGGACACCGUUAAAAGAGAAUACUCCAGUUUAUAUUAUGAGGAUAGUUCACUCAUAGACAUGAGCUACAAGAUUCUGCUUUGAGGAAUGACAAUGGUGAGUAUGUCAAAAUUAUGGAUAGUUGUUGCAUCUGUCACAAUUUUAAAAUGUUAUAAACUGUGAUAAAACAAACACCUGUUCCUGUUAACUACACUAUCAGUAGAAAUUAAGUUAAGAUCAGCUGUCUGUUAUGUCUCAAAAUAUUUUGUUUGUAAGUGGAAAGCCAUUUUGCUGCUGCAUGUAAAAACUCUGUGCCUCUCAUUAUGGCAAUAUAAUAUUAUAUACAUAUGUUUUGGGGGAAGUUAUAUAUUUUAUAUCUCUGUGGGUUUACAAAAGCCUUUGAAGUUUGAUUAACAUUUUGAUUAACUCAAAAUGUAUUUUGGUCAAGCUUGUAACAAAACAUUUAGAGACAUGAUUUGUAACUUUCGGCUUUCAUUAAAAAAUCAUAAAUGAUGAAAAAAAUUAUAUACAUUUUAUUUGAAAGGUGAUGCCAAGUCGAUGAUAAUAUGGCUGUUCCCAACACCUAUGGGCUGAUCUUUGCCUGCACCUGUGGGGUGAUCCUGGGCAUUGGACUCUGUGCCAACCUUCUGGUCUUCUCUUUGUUCGCAAAGUACAAUACGUUGCGUAAGAACCGCCUCGACAUCCUCCUACUCAGUAUGACACUGGCCGACUUCCUCACCCUCCUGCUCAUCCCCUUCACCCUGCACUCCGCUGUCAGCCACUCCUGGCCUCUGGGUAACACCUCCUGCAAGGUCUAUCAGUUCCUGUUAGCCUUCAGCUUGGCAGCCAGCACCUAUUCACUGUGUGCUGUGUCUGUGACCCGCGCCAUGAUCAUCACCAACCCAUACCAGCCGCCCACAAUGGACCUGGUCAUCCUCAUGUUUGUCCUGGUCUGGGCCCUCAGCUUCUUCAUCAGCCUGCCGCUGCGAAUUUUUGCCACCAAAGAGAGCUUGGGCCCAAGCCUGGUAAACUUCAGCUUCUGCCUUCCAACCAUUCAUGAGCAUCAUUACCAAGUGAUCCUAAGCCAGUUUGUACUUUACUAUUUUGUUCCAAUGCUGGUCAUCGCCUUCAACUAUGUCCGCCUCGCUCUUUUUCUCCACAAGAGCCCUGUAAUGUCCGUUUCUAGUGCCAGGAACACCCGCCGAGCCUCUGUCAUGGUAUUCUUGGCUGCUGCUACCUUCUCAGUGUGUUGGCUGCCUGGUUACGUGCUGGAGCUGUGUGUGUACCUGGGACUGUACCAACACGGACAGGCUUGGGAGAUGUUCUACUUUAUUUGCACUGUGCUCCAGUACCUGCACCCCUGUGUCAACCCGGUGCUCUAUGUGCUGCUGUCCAAGCGCUAUCGCCACAGGAGGGCAGCCUGGCUCUUCAGCUGCAACAGGAACAGAGUGCAGCCGCAGGUCAUCAGCGUCACCACAGACAGCUUUUAGAUUCAGUUGAUUUGU